GGGGCUGGCUGUAGGGCUGGGUUACACCUCUCUCAUUCCUCCCCUCAAGUCUCUGCCACUGUGUUUUUCUUCCCCGUCCUGGGCACAGCACACACGCUCACACACACCUCUCCUUUUUCCCUGAAUCCACCAUCCUGGGCUGAGAAGCCAGGAGAGAGGGUGGCAAGGUUUGGAGGAACCGUUGGAUUUUGGAUAGUGAAUCUUCACCAUGGCUGAGUUCUUCAUCGUCCUCAGGAGUUUGGUUCUGCUGCAGGUCCUCUGCUUGGCCUUAUCGCAAGUGACCGGUCCACCCGGAGCUCAAGGCCCCGCUGGUUCCCCUGGUCCUGCUGGAACUCCCGGAGCCGACGGCAUUGAUGGUGAGAAGGGACCCCCUGGACCUCCUGGACCAAGAGGUCAAAAGGGAGAGUCGGGUGAGCCUGGGCCUGAUGGACCCCCGGGUGAAGAUGGCAUUGAUGGUUUGAUUGGGGCGAAAGGUGAGAGGGGUCCUCGUGGUAAUCCUGGACCAAAGGGUCAGCCAGGGCCUAGAGGACCAGCAGGACGACCUGGACCUGGACUGCCUGGACUUCCUGGAGCAGCAGGGCCCAUUGGGCUUCCUGGACAAAUUGGACCUACAGGACCAAAGGGUGUCAUGGGAAGUCCCGGACCUUCAGGAUUACCAGGACCUCCAGGCAAGCCUGGUCCACCAGGGAAGUUUUUGGGUCUAGAGGAAGGCAGCGCCGACUUUCAGUGUCCAACCAACUGUCCACCGGGACCAAAGGGUCCUCAGGGCCUGCAGGGAGUCAAGGGACACAAAGGUCGUUCUGGGGUGUUGGGAGAUCCAGGAAGCAUCGGAAAAACGGGUAUAAAAGGUGAAGUUGGCAUCUCCGGUGAACAAGGGAUCCCAGGCCCUCCAGGCCCUCAGGGUCUGAGAGGGUAUCCAGGAAUGGUGGGGCCAAAAGGCGAGACGGGACCACAAGGUUAUAAAGGAAUUUUAGGACCAAUCGGCAUCCCUGGACGCCCUGGUGAAGAAGGACCCCAAGGACCACCUGGAGAGCCUGGUGACAAAGGAGACAUGGGAGAGCGUGGUAUCCGAGGGCCUCAGGGAGUGGUCGGAAAGAAGGGAGAUAAUGGACUUCCAGGAAUUGAUGGAAAAGAUGGCACUCCUGGCAUCCCCGGGAUAAAGGGUGCUGCAGGACAAAACGGAAGACCUGGAGCUCCUGGCAAUCAAGGAGAUCCUGGUUUGCCUGGUAUGCCUGGAGCCAAAGGUGAAGUGGGGGUUAAGGGUGAGACCGGACCCCGGGGUUUGAUGGGAAUGCAAGGAUCCCCAGGACCGCAAGGAGAACCUGGUCCUCCAGGUGAAGCUGGCAUGGAGGGAGUCCCGGGGGCAAAGGGUGACAGAGGUGAACGAGGACCAGUCGGCCCUGCUGGGGUUAUUGGUUUGCCUGGCAGUAAAGGAGAAAGGGGGCCCAUGGGGGUCCCAGGAGCUCAGGGUCUAACUGGAACUAAGGGUGAUAAGGGAUUCCAAGGCAAAGUGGGAUCAAAAGGAGACGUCGGUGAUCCCGGUGUGGAGGGAUUGGCUGGGGAGAAAGGAGAGAAGGGACAGUCUGGGGAGCCUGGGCCUAAGGGACAGCAAGGUGUGACAGGUGAUCAAGGGUCCAAUGGGCCUACUGGAGAUCCCGGUAAACCAGGAGACCAGGGUCCCGCAGGCUUACCUGGCCCACGUGGCCUUGGUGGAGAAAGAGGAAUUCCAGGGAUGCCAGGAAUACAAGGACCAGCUGGUCGUGAUGCUUCAGAUCAACACAUCAUUGACGUGGUUCUGAAGAUGCUUCAAGAGAGGUUAGCAGCAGUAGCAAUGAGUGCUAAGAGAGCCGUGCUGGGUGGAGCAGGUGUAAUGGGACCUCCUGGUCCUCCAGGACCACCAGGGCCUCCUGGACCGCAAGGUCCUCAUGGCCUGACAGGUGGCCGUGGCAUUCCUGGAAUCAUUGGUGCCCCAGGCCAGAUAGGAAACACUGGGCUAAAAGGGAAGAGGGGUGCUAAGGGAGAAAGGGGAGAUCCUGGGCGACCACAUCCUGGACAACCAGGACCACCUGGACUGCCAGGUCCUCCUGGUCUUGAUGGUGUGGCACGUGAUGGUAGGCCAGGUGAGCGAGGACCUCAGGGGGCAGCAGGUGAGGCAGGCCGUCCCGGAAAGGCUGGUCCUCCUGGUCUUCCUGGAUUUUGUGAAGCAGCUGCUUGUUUGGCAGCCUCUGCCUACACUUCUCCCAGACUACAAGAAGCGGGAACAGUGAAGGGCCCGUCCACUUAAAUCAAGCCCCUUUACUGGGGCCUAGGAACAUCUGAGAGAAAGUCAGAAAGAAAUAAAGAGGGACAGAAGGCACACAAAAAGAGUGGCACACAUGCCUUUUCUUCAUUGGACAAAUUGUGAGGGGGGAGGGAACAGCCGUUGACUGACAUUUGAUUAUUAGGAGUGUACAUGAAUGAAUUGACAUGUAUGGAAAGCAAGUUUUACAGUAAGUUGGCCAUGUUAGCUGCUGCUGCUCUGUCCCACCUCACAGUACAGAGAGAUGUGAGUAUAUUGCCAGUGACAUCACACCAACGGACCAGAAGAACUGCAAGAAUGACAAUCAAACAAAGGUGCUGUUUUUGUUAGUGUUUCAUUUUCGUUUUAAAUGCAUCUGAUGAUGCCAAGGUUUUUACAUGCCAGGAAAUUUCCCCAUGAACCAAUAAAAAUGUAUGCAAAGCUACUUUAAUAAUCAAAAUCGAUACCUCAUUUGGACAUUACUUCUUAGUUUGUACUGUGCCCGUCUCCGCCAUGAAGAAGCGCCCUGAUCUGUUCUUCUCAUUGAGAUGCCGACGUUCUUCCAAUAACGUUAUCCUUGAUUCCAUGCUGUAAAUCUUUGUAAAUGUGUGUUAAUUUUGUAUGGACAGGGUGGUUUUAGAAUAUAAAGCAGAUCUAGGUUAAUGAAUUUAAUCAGCAGUACUCAAACAAUGCUCAGAUUUCAUCUGGUGAAUUAGAAACAUGUACACCAAUUCCAAGUUACUUUGGGUUGUGUUCUUAGAGAAGAACUGAUUAUCUUCAUUAACAAACUAUUUAUUGUUCUUUUUUGUCUGUAAACUCAAGUUGUUUUGCCAGGUUGUUCAGGUUUACCCCAAUCAAUAAAAAAGAACGUUUUGUAAAACUCAAUGUUCUUCUGCAUCCGAGAAGAAUGUCUGUUUAAACUUCUCAUAAACAUGCUUAUCUUUUUAACCUACAAGUUUUUUUUUUAUUGUAAUAAAUAUAUACACUUUGAUGUC